GUUCGAUUUUAACAACCGGCAGAAUAGGUAAAGUGUACUCACACUCUCUGUCAGUACAAUCAUAAAGAAAAAACACGGAAGAAAAAAAACAUUUUGCUUGAUUGUAUUUAUCAUAGUAUCUAAAAGUCUGAACGCAAAAAACAGUGAGACACACAGUAAACAGUCAGCGCGUCAACACAAAUGUUGGAAUACACAUAAAUUUGAUACAUACGCGCAAGAAACAGAUAGACUGAGAAAUACAACACCAUUAAAGGCAGUUGCAAAAGUAGCAGCACUCAAAGAACAGCCAAAGAGCCAAAAGUAAAAAAAAAACAACAUAUUUUUUUUCUUUUGAUGUUUUCCACUAGUAUCUAUUUAUUUUACAAAAAUCAAGUGAAGAGAUCUCGAGAUUUUUAUUUGCAACAGCAAAAUAACUAUUCAUUGCGCAUCUUCUAAUACGGGAAAACCCAAUAAAUUUGUGUCGUGUAUCACAGAGGAAAAAAAGAUUAGCAUAUUUCAUACGAAAAAGACAAUUGAUCGUCAAGUAACAGUAUGUACAAGAAACUUACAAGACAGCAAUGCCAAAUUUAACAAGAUGAAUUUUGAAAUUAAGUUCAUCAUUAGCAAACUAUACAGUGGAUUAAUUUUUACAGAUAAGUUUAAUUAAUUUAUUCAACUGAAAAAAUGGAGAGAUCUGUCAAUUCGAAUAUUGGUCCAAAGGUUUCACAAAUGUCAGUCACACAAAUUGCGAAUCUGUUCCAGCGUCGACCAACGGACGCGGAACCAGAAACUAUCAAAGAUAGUGAUAAUUCAAUUGGAUCAAAUGCACCGGUUGUUAGAACUGAGUCACAUGCUGUACGUUUUAAUAAUGCCAGGGCUCUGUUUGAAAAAUUAGGUGUUGAAAACCGAACACCUCGACCAGUUGCAUUAAGUUUGAAAAAUUCAAAUAGCCGCGAUAAUUUAAGCGGAAGUAGUCCUGAAAGAAGCGAAACAAAAACUCCUUCACCAAAACAUACAACGAACUUCACACUUGGAAAUGGAGUAGUAGCCAAACGCGACCCAUCGAAAAUACACAAUACAUCACGUGUAAAACCUGAUAAGCCCGAAAAACCUGAAAAGCCCGAACGCAAAUUUAAUUCAAAAGAAUUAAUCGAGAAACAGAAGAACUGGACAUCACAUUUUACAAAGACUCGGACAUCCAGAUUCAACAGCGAUCCAAAUCGUUGUGAUAUCAUUCGUGCAGGUGCCGCACUAUAUCCAGGAAAUGAAAACCAAUUGACCUCUUUUGCUACAUCCGCUUCAAUUGCAUCCAUUUUAGUUUCUAAUGCAGCUAUAGCUCCCACUUGCAGGUAUAUCAUAAUAUGUAGUAACACUCAGAAUUUUAUUUAGUAUAUUGUACAAAAU